UGUAUGUCGAGCGACGGCCGACGGUGCAGUAUGGCGAGCUAAACCGUUAAACAAAAACCAGUCUGUCAAAUCCAGCAGUCUGCUUCAUGGUUUGGGUGAUUCAUUAACUGAUGGACCUGGCCGCUCUCGUGAAGGCUUGCUGCGUGAGGUAGACUCGUGAUUUCCGGCUGAGUGUGGUGAUGAUGACCGCGGAGCUGGACAGUCGCUUCUGCGCCGAUAACCUGCUAACCAGCGAGGACUGGGAUGCCUGUCUGUAUCAGUGUGAGGAUAUGGAGGAGGAUUUCACCGGAGAACUGAAAUAUGACACAGCGCUGGACAGUGAUCUUGUCCUCACGCUGGACCCUGAUAACCCCACAUCACCGUGGAAGAACCUGGAUGACAACCUGACAGGUGAAGUGUCAAUCAUGAAGGAUUAUAACAGGACUAUAACACAGCCUCUGCCAGUGGACAUGUUUUUCCAGGUGAAGACUGAACCUCCGUCACCUGCGUCGUCUCUGACCUCUGACAGCUCCAUCUCAUCUAUACCUGAAGCUCAGCAGGUGACGGUGAAGAGUGAGAACCCGCCCACUCCACCGUACAUGUAUGGAGACGUGCUCUUGCCGCCGCUGACCAGCGUGGAGGUAACCGUCACCAGCGUCUCUCCACUGCAUCAGCCUCCCCUUCCUCUGGCCAUACAGCCACACGCUCUCAGCAGCCUCGACACACAAACCACAGUCCUCUCCUCAGCAGCGACGCUGAAGGCCAGCAGCAUUCUGAGCAGUAAACCUCUGAUCCAGCCCAAACCUGUGUGUGUGGCCGCGUUGCCGGUGGCUCAGAGCACCAGUCCAGCCAAAGCUCUCCUCCUGCAGAGCGUUCCCGUACCCAUCCCAGCCAUCGACCAGAACACCACGCCCGUGGUUCUGUCUCAGUCGGUGUGUCUGGGUUCUGCUCCUGCUAUUGUUAAAAUGGAGCCUUUGUCUCCCAGUAUGCCUCACUGCACUAGCCCCUCAGCCCCGCCCCCGAGCAAACCCAUCAUCCCAGCAUCCAACCUGACUGGAAACAGCUGCAGUGACAUCGAUAUGAAGGUUUUGAAGAGGCAGCAGCGUAUGAUAAAGAACCGGGAAUCGGCCUGCCAGAGCCGCAAGAAGAAGAAGGAGUACCUGCAGAACCUGGAGGCGCAGCUGCGGGAGGCGCAGCAGGAGAACGAGCGCCUGCGCAGAGAGAACCAAGCGCUGCGGCUCGCCGGGAGAGAGGCUACGGAGUCUGGCAGCAACAAGAGAGCUCUGUGUGUGAUGGCUCUGUUCCUCUUCAUCACCUUUACCUUCAGCCCCGUCAGUCUCAAAGACAGGACAUUGGAAGCUGGGAUUGAGGAAGCGGCUAUUCCUCUGACAGGAAGACGCCUGCUGGAGUUUGAGAGAUCUCAGGAGCUGAGCAGGAAACGGGCAAGCGAGAGAACCACGGAGCAGAAGACGGACAGAGGGGAGGAAGAACGCUGGAGGAAAGGAGAGCUGGACAAGAAGGCUGCAGUCUCGUAUCAGUUCAGGAAUCAGAGCGAUGUGUUCAGUGAUGUUAAAGACCUCCUCCUUCAGGACAUAGACAGAUAUUUCUCGUCCUCUGACUGCAGACAGUUCAACCGCUCUGAGUCCCUCAGGUUGGCAGAUGAGCUGCGUGGAUGGGUCCAUCGUCAUCAGAAUAACCGGAAGUCUAAUGGAAAGGCGAAGGUUGUGAAGAAAACUAAAAUAGCUCAGCAGAAAGCUCAGCACAGAAAGACAAACUUUUCCAGGUACCUUCCAAUUCAGGCUCAUCGUUCUAUCGAAAGUCAGCUGCAGGUCCUGCCCGGGCCAGAGAUCAGCUACAGCGACUUUCUGGACGCUAUUGAUCGGCGUGAGGACACUUUCUACGUCGUAUCAUUCAGACGGGAUCACCUGCUGUUACCUGCCAUCAGCCACAAUAAAACAACUCGACCCAAAAUGUCUCUGGUCAUGCCUGCCAUGGCCAUCAAUGAUUCGGUGUAUAACUCGUCUCAGGGCGGCUAUGAAAUGAUGAUGCAGGUGGACUGUGAGGUGAUGGACCCCCGGAUCAUCCCAAUCAAGUCCUCUGUAGUCCCGCCCUCUCUCAGAGACCCGCCCCCCACUCCGCCCCCUCACCAUCACCACGGCAACCACACCUCCCUCCGCAGCCGACAGCAGCACUUGCAUGGCAGCGGGGCGUCAUCGAGACGGAGGGCCGCAGGUUACUUCAUCAGCCAGAGCGGAUCCGAUUGAGAGAGUCUGAGAGCAGUAUCAAAAGACUCUACUUUACUCUCCAGCAGUAGUUUAAGGUACUUUUACUCUCAAAUCAAGCCUGGAAACAGAGGACAAAUGAUCAGACCCAUAUAAGACACAAAGAUAUAUGAUAAUGUGAAAUGAUACAUGGUCUGUUGCACUUAUGUAGUUAGCGUAGGGUUUUCCGCGGGUGGGCUGUAUGUGGCCUCGCGCUUCCUUCCCUCGUGUUAGCAGUACUGUGUUUGUGUUCGAACCUGUUUCUGUAUCAUCUGCUCUCUUUUUAUACAUGCCUUGUGUUUUUUUUUUUCUUUCUUUUCUUUUUUUUUUUUCUCGAAUUUUUAUUGAGAUUAUUUAAAAAAUGAUGUGCUUCUAUUAGAUGUGCGUUAUAAAUAUUGAUUUGAAUAUAAGAAAUUAUUUUAUAUGUAUUCUCGUCCAUCACAGUCCCACAUUUCUCCAUGUGUAUAUAUACUAUAUGCUCUGUCACAGGUGACUGCUGGUCCAGUAUAAAGCUGCUGGUUUGCUGGUCUUUCUCAUUACAGCUUGAUUUUUCUUUUUGAUGGCAGGGCUUGUGAUGGUCAAAGUUUUUGAUAUAAAUAAUAACCUAAAAAGUCACAGAAUCUUCUGCCGUUGAUGUUUUCAUUUGCAGGUGUCUUGUCUUGAAUGUGUUGCUGCUUUUGUCCCGAACCACUAACAGGAUGGGGAUCCUGGGAUUUUGUGAUGCGUCAGCCUGUGCUCCUGCUUCACAGCUAACAUCUCCACACGUUUCAUUUCACUCAAGUUACUAUCAUUUAUCAUUUACUAUUAUUUUCACACAAGUAAAUCAUUUAUACAGUCCAAAACGGGUUUGUGUAGCAGUCAAAUGUUUUUAUUAGUGAAUGAGUUUUGAUUUUGACAGAAGCGCUUCACCGGCCAUCCAUCAUCCCGCUCCGUUUGCUGAUAUCUCUCAACUUUCUUGUGUUCAACUCAAAGGGAAUCUGUGGCCAGAUGUACAUUUUCGUUGUAGAGACUUUAUCAGAAGUAGUUUUCUUUCUGUGAAGUUGUUUUAUCUUCUGAUUGAACAUAUUUUCAUGUUUUCUUGUCGCCUGCAAUCUUCAUGGCUUCUUUUCAGAUCUAGCUCCAUCCAUCUGAUGAUGAUGAUGAUGAUGAAACUUUCCCAUGAUGAACUGCUCUAGCAUGCUUCUGUUAUCUUUUUUUUACUUUAUUUAAAUGAGCUUUCAUAAGGAAAACACUUACAAUUUAUCUUCCUGUCUGAUUGAGAAUUUUGAACUACUGUCUUCAUUUGUAGAGGAGAAAAUAAAUUUGAUAAAUACUG